UAUAUAUUUGUGUUCAUUACGCAUUACAGUUUCGACGAUGUUGGGUCAUGCUUGUCACCGACGACGGGGACAACUCCUCAAACCUUCGCCGCAGCUCUGCAAUACUUUGCAGCAGCACAAUGCCUCCUGCCGCGCGAUCCUCUUCCUGAAGCAACACCGAAAUCCGGCGAAACCUUUGACUUCAUAGUUGUCGGUGCGGGCUCAGCAGGGAGUGUUGUAGCAAACCGACUGAGUGAAGUCGCAAAAUGGAAUGUACUUGUGGUAGAAGCAGGAAGCGAUGCGCCUUUGGAAUCUGAUAUUCCCGGUUUCGAUGCACUAUUAUUCAAAUCUGAUUACGACUGGCAAUAUUUAACGGUGAAUAAUGGAGUGACAAGCCAAGGACUAGCUAACGGAUCUGUGUCCUUUAACAGAGGAAAAAUGUUUGGAGGCAGCAGCGGCAUGAACGCCAUGCUGUACGUACGGGGAAACGAUCAAGAUUAUCAAAACUGGUAUGACGCAGGCAACAAGGAAUGGAGUGUAAGCGAAGUAAAACGCUGUUUCAAAAAAUUAGAGAAUCUCCAAAAUGAAGAAAUGUUAAGCAAUACCACAAUCAGCGAAUUCUAUGGUCAUACUGGCCCACAAAUUAUCAACAAAUAUAACCAUACACUUGAUAAUUAUAUUGAAAACGUAUUGGAAGCAUGGGAUGAAAUAGGUUUACGAAAAGUUAAAGAUAUGAAUAUCGAAAAUGUAAACAUAUCUGGAAAAACCACAACGACAGCAGCCAAUGGUCUGAGACAGAGUACAGACAGGACUUAUUUAAUAUCAGCGUCGAAAAGACCUAAUCUUAAGAUUUUGAAAAAUUCAUUUGUUACAAAAAUUUUCAUUGAAAAAAAUAAAGCUGUAGGUGUAGAAAUUGAAAAAGAUGGACAGUUAUUAAAAUUCUUAACAUCUCGAGAGGUUAUAGUAAGUGCAGGAACAAUUAACACUCCUCAACUGCUCAUGUUAUCUGGCAUAGGUCCUGGAAAAGAUCUUAAGAAAAACAACAUUGCUACUAUUGUUGAUUCACCAAAGGUUGGACAAAAUCUUCAGGAUCAUUUAAUUGUUCCUAUAUUCACCUACGGCGACGUCCCCGAAGAGACAAAUACAGAUGAUGCAAUGUUUGAAAACAUGAAGUAUAUUUACAAAAGGCAAGGAUCUCUGGCACAUAGCGGAGUAUCAACAGGUGGAAUGGCAUUUUAUUCUACAGAAAAGAAUGCUACUUUUGCAAACUGCCAACUUCAUCUAACAAUAGUCCCUAAAAAUACUACAACGUUAAAAGCAGGUUACAUGUCAAGUUUCAGGUACAACGAGACAGUAGCCGAAUCUAUUGGUAAACCAAACGAAGAUCAUGGAGUAUUCUUUUUCCUCUUCAAUCUGCUACAUCCCUAUUCAAGAGGGAAUAUAACUUUAAUGAGUAAUGAUCCUAAAGACAAGCCUCUAAUACACGCAAACUAUUUUCAAGAUCCAAGAGACUUGGAAACUGCCGUAGAAGGCAUAAAAAUUGCGACGAAAAUUGAAUAUUUCAAAUCCAUUGGUGGUUUCUUAGGAAGAAUUGAUAUACCAGCAUGUAAUAGUCUUGAAUUAGAUAGCAAAGAUUACUGGAGAUGUAUAAGUAUUAAUCUAGUUACUUCAGUAUUCCAUCCUGUAGGUACUUGUUCGAUGGGAGCUAGUAAAAAGACGUCGGUAGUAGACAGCCGGUUAAGAGUACAUGGUGUUAAAAACUUGCGAGUAGUAGACGCCAGUGUGAUGCCGACCACAAUUAGUGGGAACACAAAUGCAGCUGUCAUUAUGAUUGGAGAAAGAGGAUCUGAACUUAUCAUAGAAGAUAAUAAUUAACUGUUAGCAACUUAUAAUAACGGUUUGUAAAUUCCUUAAAAUAUUGAUGAAUGUGUUUCAAUAUUAAACCAUCCGAUAUUAUGUGUAUGUUUUGUUAAAAUUGAAUUAUAAAUACAUUAUUACAGUACAAGAUCUGAGUGUGUAAUAUUCGAAUUCACCUUUUUGUAUUUUGUUCAACAACGCGACACACUAUUGAAUACA